AUGUUCAUCAGGUCCACAAAACCAGUUGCUUGUUUGGCAAGAUAUGCCGGAACAACUGUGGCCCCUCGUUGGGCGGUUUUGACCACUUUUCAAACAAGACGUUACGCUCAAUCUUGGGAUAACAGAAACUCUAACGAACAAAUCGAAGCUCAUAUUAAGAUUCAGAAAUUACUAGACAGUAUUCAGGCCAACCCUAAAGUGUUUUCGAAGCUGAACUCCAUCAGUGAAUUGUUGUAUUCUAAAGGUUUGGUCAACGAGGAAACUGCUCCAGGACCAUGGCAAAUGAUUAAGAUUCUUACUGAUAAAGACGUUAGACAGAAGAUGGUCGAGUUUAGAGAAGAACUGGAAAAGGCCGGAAUUGAAUUGGGACCAGAACAAUUGGGACCUUUGAUGACGGUUUUGGGUAUGAAUAAACCCAACAAAUGA